UCGAUUCGAUAUUUGCCAGUCCUUUUGUCUCACAAAUUUCGUUGGCCAGCACAUCACGUCUUUUCCAUCGAUAUUCCACACUGCCCACUGGGCAGACAGCGCAACAGUGAUGCCACUUUCGACUUCGCCCCGCCUUCUUCCCCCUGCUGAGAUAUCUGGAGAUAUCCGACCACAAGAGGGCCAGAAGGACUUCUUCUGCACCGAGCUCCCUGUUCGUCCUCAAGUCUCACCAACCUCCACAUCUCCUCAGCCCUACGGAGAGACAAUGUCUAUAACAACUGCCACCCGAGCAAUCGCACCCUCCGAUAACAACCACACACAGCAAGCACCCAUGAUUCUCGACCCUGAAUCGAUGCAGUGGUCAGCUCAAGGCCGCUACCCUCACAACAGCCUCGCCCAAGGUGCCUUCUGCACGCCCACCCUCUUCAACCCAGACUCCACCUGCAAUCGAUACCCUCUGCAAGCCCAGAAUGGCAUGUCAUACAAUGCCAACUCCGUCUACAGCUACCCAUCGCACUACAGCCCCAGCUGUCCUCGUGCCUACAAUGGCAUCGACUUCGCUGGACUCCCCAGCGACAUGACCGCCUCGUAUCCACCAGCAACAUUUUUCCACUCUCCACCGCACAUGCACUCCACCCCUUCGCUCCCCAACACCUCCACGCCAGAGCUCAUGCGACUCAGUGACGACUACGACCUCCACUACGCCAGCCACAUCAAGCAUGAGGACCAGAUCGACUACAAUAGCCCUUACUCGGAUAUGUCUCGUGCGUCCACUCCAUACUCUACAGGCCAUGAGGAAGACAACACGAUCGACAAGGAACAGCCUUAUGCACAGCUCAUCUACCGUGCCUUGCUCGAUGCACCAGACCACACCAUGGUUCUGCGCGACAUCUACGACUGGUUCAGGAGGUACACCGACAAGGCUGCUCACAGCGAGACGAAGGGGUGGCAGAACAGCAUCAGGCACAACCUCAGCAUGAACGGCGCCUUCGAGAAGGUAGAUUCUCCCGCCGACGCAACCACAAAAGGCUUCAUGUGGCGCCUCACCCCCGCGGCCCUACGCGAAGGCGUCAAGUCCACAACCCGCUACCGCAGUAAAGCAGCCAACAAGCGCUCCUCCAGCCGCACACAGCCCCUCCCCCAGCGUCAGGCCUCUG